AUGGGGACCGGGAUGAAGAUGAAGAAUCUCUUCAAGGGUCUUCGCUACCUUUCUCAAAUAUUUGUGCCUGAGGAAGAGGAGGAGGAAAUGCAAAUUGGUCAUCCAACAGAUGUCAAACACGUGGCGCAUAUUGGCUGUGAUGGCCAGUCUAUUAACAAUUCUCCUAGUUGGAUGACUGAGUUCCGGUCCACGGCGACUUCCUCCGCCGCCGCCGCCGCUGCCCAAAGCAACUCCGUAUCAGGUUCAUUUCUACUCUUUUAUCGCACACAAACUGUUCGAGCAAUGUCAUCGCCUUAUCUCACCUCGCUUUCGCCGGCAGAUCCCCACUCCAUCGAAGCCCCGCCUCAGGAGCGCUCCCCCGGAGGAAAUGGAGGAUCCGACCGGAAGCCUCGCCGCCCACAGCGGAACGUCGGUGCCGACAUCCGGUCGAGGGACGCGACGUCGGGUGAGGGGGCCAAACCCGAGCGGAAGCACCGGACCGCCACGGCGUCAGCCGCCGAAAGCGCUGAGGAUGCCGCAGUCGUCCCCAGGAAUCCGCAACGCCGCAAGCCCAAGGGGGCUCCCUCCUCCUCCUCCUCCUCGGUCUCCCAGAACGGUGGGUCGACGCGGUCGAAGGCGGCCCGAUGUGCCGAAUCCAGAUCCGAUGCAGCGAAGGCGGCGAUAGAGGAGGGCGAAGGAGAAGGAGGAGAAGAGCAAUAA